AUCGAAAGUCCAAGGUCGACCAUGUAACACAUUGUUUGUACCCAGAUUAAAAACAUUUUGGUCAUUUACAGCAGGAUCUCUGAGUAAAGAAAAAUGUCAAGAGGGACAGACCUGAAUGGAUUCAUCAGAGGGCUUGAGCAGAUAACAAAGGCACUUCUUCAACAUCAAAGUGGAGAGGCAAAUAGAAUAUGGCAGAAUUCAAACAUUAGGGAAGUAGUAAAAGAUGCUGGUCUAAAAGUUGAAAGAAAGUUGGAAACAUCAACUUAUGGCGCCGGGCAAGUUCAGGAAACUCUCCAGCAGAAAGCUACUGAGAUUGUAGAUGCUGUGAGUUCUGUGAAGAGUCAAGCUGCCAACUUAGCCGGCUCCCUCAGCUCGAUCAAGGAACCGUUUGAGUCUCCGCCUGUGUCUGUGUAUGGAACCGAUCCAUCAUUUGGGGCAAUAGACUCAGAAGAUUUAACAGAUCAAGGAACAGGAAGUGCAUCAAAGCCUCAAGAACUAGAAAAGCCACCAGUUUCGAUACCAAAACAGAAUGUCAAGCCCAGUACCAGAAAUUUCACUCAAGUGGCUGCUUCUUCUGCAGCAACAUUGGCUGCAGCUGCUGCUUCCACGGCAAAGGAAGCUUUGGCAGCUUCAAAACCAAGUAUAAAUGCUGUGAAAGCUGCAGCUGAAGGAUUGACACCCAACCUGGGCAGCAUUCCAGUUACACCUAGAAAGUAUCAGUUACCACCAGAACAAAAGCUGAGUGAACGGGCAAGAGAGAGAAAAGUUCCAGCCACCAGAAUCAGCAGAUUGAUGAGUUAUGGAGGUUUGGCAGCUGGGCUCGGUGUUGGAGCAUUGGCUGAAGUCACGAGGAGGUCGUUGGGUUUGAAAGAAGAAGGUGCGGGUGCAGGAAUCAUGGAUUCCAGCCCUUUUCUCACAGAAGCCAAUGCAGAACGUAUCGUCAAUACACUUUGCAGAGUUCGGGGAGCAGCACUUAAACUGGGACAAAUGCUGAGUAUUCAAGAUAACUCUUUCAUGAACCCACAGUUACAACAGAUCUUUGAGAGGGUGAGGCAGAGUGCAGAUUUCAUGCCUUCCUGGCAAAUGAAUAAAGCACUGAACAAAGAGCUUGGUUCUGACUGGCAGGAAAAGAUGUCCAGCUUUGAUGAUAAACCUUUUGCAGCUGCUUCUAUAGGACAAGUCCACAAAGGGACUUUGACCAAUGGCAUGGAUGUGGCGAUGAAGAUUCAGUACCCCGGUGUUGGAGAAAGCAUAGACUCGGACAUCAACAAUCUGCUGGCUGUGAUGAAUGUGUGGAAAAUUUUGCCUGAAGGUUUAUAUGUGGACAGUGUUAUUGCUUCAGCAAGAAGAGAACUGGCCUGGGAGGUGGAUUACAUCAGGGAAGCAGAGUGUUCUAGGAAAUUCAGAGCUCUGUUGAAAGAUGAUCAAUUUUUGUACGUCCCCGAAGUGAUAGAAAGUCUCAGUUCUAAAGGAGUGCUUACCUCAGAAUAUGUGGAAGGACUUCCAGUAGACCAAUGUUUAGAUAUGGACCAAGAGACGAAGAACAAGAUCUGCAAGGCCGUUUUAGAACUUUGCUUGAAGGAGUUAUUUGUAUGGAGGUUUAUGCAGACAGACCCCAACUGGUCGAACUUUUUCUACAAUCCACAGAGUGAUAAGCUUAUUCUGUUAGACUUUGGAGCGAGUAGAGAUUUCAGCAAGUCUUUUGUAGACCGAUACAUGCGAGUGAUCCGGGCAGCAGCAGAUGGAGACAGUCAGCAGGUUCUCGUCAGAUCACGAGAAGUAGGUUUUCUCACUGGAUAUGAGACGAAGGUGAUGGAAGAGGCUCACUGUGAUGCUGUCAUGAUCCUGGGGGAAGCGUUCUCCGACAAGGCUUUUGAUUUUGGCCAUCAGAGCACGACGGCCCGCAUACAGAACAUCAUCCCCGUGAUGCUGAAGCACAGACUGACAGCACCACCAGAGGAGACCUACUCCUUGCACCGUAAAAUGUCGGGAGCAUUUUUGUUGUGUACCAAGUUAGGAGGGGUGGUGGACUGUAGGAGUUUGUUUGAAGAAACGUGGGCCCACUUCAGGUUUGAGGAAAAUGAAAACCUUGAACUAUGAUUGCCGGUUGUAGGGUGGAGGGGGGUUUGGGUUGCUAUUUUUCUGUACUGAGACUUUGGCCUCAGAAAACGAAUAUCUCAGGCUAUGUUGAAACUCCAGUUCUUAGAAUAGAUGUGCAUGCAAGAAGCCUUGUUUUGAAUGAGGGAGUGAAAAAUUGCGUUGGUGAUUGGCAGGUUAUUUGCGGAGCAGGUUUCAUCAAAAUGUUGACACAGUUAAUACUUACUCAUAGAAGUUGAGUAUUUUUUAAAAUCUCCAUCAGAAGCAGGUGAAUGCAAAGCUUUGGAGCCAGUGGUGAAAAAGUUUGAAAGAGCUGAAUGAUGAGUAGAGGUUCAUAUACUGCAGCUGCAAAGCACUAAGAAGAACCAGGUUGAGGUGAAGAUUUGUCAGCUGUAGUUUGAAUGUAGCUGCGCUGACUGGCAAAAGGUGGUGCCAGUCCAUGGUGAAAGUGAUCAUUUGGUACAGCAUAAUGGACUCCAGAAUCCAAUCUAAUCUCGUGUACUGUGGUCAUUUAGUUUGAUAAAUCUGCUCUGAAACUCAUGACUGGAAUUUGAUAGUUUGUCUAACUUUAAUGUGAAAAAUUAACGACCUAGUCUGACUGAAUUGCAAUUUGUUCUUUCAUCAGCAUUAUGCUCCCUUCCUAAUAAUAGUAAUAUUGCAUUAUAGCCUUCUAUUGUAUCGUUGUGUUUUGUUUCUUGAGCAGUAGUUCUAUACAGUUUUUUUGUGUUAUUGUUUUAGUUUUGUGGAGUUGUGGAGUGAGUUUAUUGUUGGCAAGGCACAGUCAAAUCUCAUUAUACCACCACCCUUGGGGACGAGCAUGAAGAUGAUGGAAUAGUGGGGCUGGCGGUUUAAUGGGGAUCCUCUGUUAAAUAACCCUGGCUGCUGAACGGCAAGGGAAAUGUUGUGUUUGAAAAGUCUUUUUGUUGGUGAUUUAUUUGUGUGUAAUGUAGGCCUAUUUAGAGCUGUCUUUCUGUGUGUGUGUGUGUGUGUGUGUGUGUGUGUAUGUGUGUGUGUGUGUGUGAGUGUGUAUUUGUGUGUGUGUGUGUGUGUGUGUGUGUGUGUUCAAAUUCAAAUCCAGUGGGACUUAAUGUAAAUUUAGAUUUAAAAUUACAGCUGGGACAGUAUGGCUAUCAAAAGCAUGUCCGUAAUUUUUUUCUGAUCCCGACAAACUGCUGUGCGAAGUGUGGGUGACAUUUAUUCACUAUGAACCGCACUAGAGUAUACUGUUUUGAUUUUAUAGUAAUCUCUCAUGAAAAGGGUUACUACUGUACAUCUGAAAUAAAAGUAAUGAAAGAAUUCAU